GUAUUUAAAUGAAUUCUGCAAUCAUCAAAUUUCACAAGAGGAGCGACAAUGGCCUCCCUGUAUACAUUAGUCCUUUCAGCUUUAGUUUUCGAUACCGGAUUCUCUCAUGUGUUGGAAUUUGGUGAAAACACGGAGUUGAUGUGGCCGCCAGAAUACCACUUCAAAGGCGUGAAGACCGGUCUUUUGAGCGGUAUCAUAGAACCUUUCGAAAUAUGGUACAGUACGGAACACAACAAGUCCCGAAUCGAUUAUUUCAAUGGAGCUGUUAAAGAAUACUACAUUGGGGGCAGCGAGCAAGAAUACGGCUACAUGUAUAAGUCAUUCCCGGUUUGGACGGAAAAAGGGAAAAAUGAAGCGUGUUGCUAUCGGAUGAGACAAGACGAAGAAGUUUCUAGAUUCCUGCCAACAACUAACUACACCUACGAGGGAGAGACUACUUUCUCCGGCAGAGACGUUGAAAUCUGGAAAAGCUCAGAAAUAGAUGAAUAUAAUCAACGAAUUGACGAGAUUUUUUAUGUUUAUCGUGAUGGAAGUUAUCAUGUGCCUUUAAGGUACGAAAGAAAGAAGCUUAUCAUUGCGAUUGGCGCUCUGGUUGUUCACUCAGUCACCCUGUUCCAGGACUUUAGCUCGCCAGAUGUGUCUAAAUUGGAUGUGACUAAAGACAAAGACUGCAUAAACCCGAUAGAAUCAGUAAAUGACUUUCACAACAAGUUGGAACUCUUACAUCCUGACAUUUCUUCGCACGUGGAUCAAGCUUUCGAUAUUUACAAGAAACAUCACAAUAAGGCUUACGAAGUCAGCGAACAUGAAUUAAGGAAAAAGAUUUUUAGAGAAAAUUGGAAAAAAAUCCAAGAUCACAAUAAAAAGAACUUGAGCUACAAACUGGGCGUCAAUCAGUUCUCUGAUAAAACUCCCGGAGAACUUGGCUACCUGACAGCCACGAGGUUUAACGAGCACAUGCAGGGUACAGAGACCUUCCAAUAUACUGAAGAGGAAUUGGAAGAUAUUGUCAAGGAUCUGCCAGAAAAUUUUGAUCUCAGAACAGAGGGUUUCAUCAGCAAAAUAAAAAAUCAGGCUUCAUGCGGAUCCUGCUGGGCCUUCUGCACCACUGCCGCUGUGGAGGGAGCUCUCACACGCAACAAUGGGGGCAGACCAUUGGACCUUAGCGAACAGUCUUUAGUGGAUUGCGCUUGGGACUAUAAUAAUAUGGGCUGUGAUGGAGGAGAUUUGGAAGGCGUUUUCAAAUACGUCCUGAAGCAUGGCAUUCCGACUGAACAGGAAUAUGGGCUUUAUAUGGCUCAGGACGGCUACUGUCACAUAGAGAAUAUGACAGACACGUACAAAAUACGUGGGUUCGGUCUGGUCCCGCCAAACAGCGUGAACGCUAUGAAGUUAGCGUUGUACAAGUACGGGCCCCUGAGCGUGGGGGUCCACGCUGGGGACAGCAUGAUGAUGUACUCCAGUGGGAUUUAUUAUGAGCCUAAUUGUAAUCAUCGGCCUCAGAACCAUGGCGUGGUGGCCGUGGGCUACGGAGUGAGGGAUGGUGUCUUAUAUUGGAUAAUCAAGAACUCCUGGGGGGAGCAGUGGGGGCAAGACGGGUAUAUGCUGAUAUCGGCCACGAACAAUAACUGUCAUGUGAUGACUAAUGCUAUAUACGCCGUUGUUUAGAUGUAGUUUUAGCGUAAAUAAACACGUGCAA